AUGUCGGCCUCAACUUCGAAUACUGUUGCUCCUGUGAUAGCUGUCUGCCAUGGCGGAGGUCCUAUGCCCAUUCUUAAUGAUCCUGGCCAUGCCGAGCUCAUAAAGUCCAUGAGCACACGUGUUCCCGAACUACUAGGCAUCUUGCCCAAUUCUGCCAAUUCGAAGCCCCCAAAGGCUAUUGUAUUAGUUACUGCACAUUGGGCUGAGACACGUCCUCAUAUAAGCAGUGCUGAGCACCACGAUUUAUUGUAUGAUUAUUCUGGAUUUCCACCCGAAACAUAUAAAUUGAAGUACCCUGCGCCCGGAAGCCCAGAAGUAGCGAAAGAGGUUUUCGAGUUGUUGGACGGCGCAGGAUUGAAACCGGUGUUAGAUGAGAAAAGAGGAUGGGAUCACGGCGUAUUCGUUCCUCUACUUCUCAUUUCUCCCGCGGCACAAAUCCCCGUCGUUCAAGUCUCAGUCCUACGAUCGAAUUCGCCAGCCCAACAUUAUGCCAUGGGCCAAGCUCUUGCACCUUUGCGAUCCCGCGGGAUCGCCAUCAUAGGUAGCGGCAUGCCAACGUUUCACAACCUCCGAUUCAUGUUCAAUGGUGUCGCGGAAACUCCUGCAUUCAAAGCACGCAAUAAAGAAUGGUCAUACCGCUUGACUGAAACAAUGAAAGUGCCGGAUGCUGAACAACGGGGUAAAAAACUAGAAGACUGGAGGAAUUGGUCUGGAGCUGAUGAGGCGCAUCCCGAGAGAGGUCAGGAGCACUUCUUACCACUGAUUGUAUGCGCAGGUGCUGGAGGCAAUGAAUCGGGUAAGGGCUGGGUGGAUGAUGUUAUGGGUUCACCACAAUGGUCAUAUUAUUGGGAUUGA